AGUCCGACUUCCGUUCCCCUUCCACGUUCCACAAGCUCUUCCAUGGGUCCUGUGAGAGCAAAUUCCCUGCAAUCCCCCACAUCGCCAAUGCGCAGCAAACCGGCUGUACCACCGGGCUUCAGGGCUGCACCCAGACCCAAGCCGAAGCUCGUCGCGGAGAUGUCCCUGCGAGAGCUCCAUGACCAAUAUGAUCGCAACGAGAGACUACUCUGCUCAUCGUCAGCUUCUACAUCUGCCCUCGUGCAACGGCUGUCAGCCGAGCAGCAAGCAAUCUCCUCCCGUUUACUCGAACUUGAGGGCAUCGAACACAUACGAAAUGGUAUCAAGAACACAAACAUUAACGCUGACGAGAAAAUGAAUCUCGACCCACAGUCAUCGCCUCGGAUAAUUGGUGCCAAGCAACGAGCAUUAUCCCGAUAUGCGCCUUUGCCCUCAAAUGGUAAUAGUCAUAUAGGCUCUCUCACCCUGCAGGAGGCCAUCGCGUUAGAGCAACGUGCACAUGUCGAGGACCUGGCAAGGCAGCAACGCAUAGAUGAAAGGCGGAGGCGCAUAGGACUGCCGGUCAAAGGCGAAGUACUAACAAGACAGGAAAAGGAUGCUCGCAUGUGGGCCUUCCUGAAUUACAAACCAACAGACUCGGAUCUCGAGGAUAUGGACGACGACGACGAUAGUGACACCAACGAUCCUUCGACCUGGUUCGACGAUGACCAGGACGACGGUGUUAAAGGACAGGACAUCAUUCCCCCCGAUUUAGAAGACCUAUCAAACGUCAUACGUAUCGACGAGAGCAAGAUCCGCUAUAGCACAUUCUACGAGCCACGGGACGAUGACUGA